AUGCAGGUGUCCGAUGAAGAGCCUGAUGAAUUAAAACAGUUGCUGCAGAGAAUGAAGUCUCGCAGAGCUGCAUUAGAGCAGACAUCCGAUUCAAGCGAAGACGAUGUAGUGGAGAAGCUACUGUCCAACUCUAGCCAUUCCGCUACCACUCCAUUCCAAGUAGUGUCCAAGCCCAGACAAUACCAAUUAUCGGAUUCGGACGACGAUGCUAAUCAGAUAUCUGAGCACAAGGAAUCACAGAGCAUUAUACCAACUACCGAUAUUCUUUCUUUUAAAGAAUCUAUUGUGAAUGAUUCCAAACCCACUUCCAUUGCUGCUGGUAAUGAGAGUAAUCAAGACAGCGACACUGCCAUUGCAGAUUCUUCUGACGAGGAUUCGGACGGCAACGUGUAUGCACAUUCCAAACCACCGAAAAAAGUCAAGAAACUCUCUAAAAAGGCUCUUCUUGAACUGCGAAAAGAAACUCAGCGAUUGCUUCGAGAGCGACAGAAUGAAGUGGAAAUCCGCAAGAGCACACACAACCUGGACUCAUUCCUGGCAGCAAGAGGAAUCAAUAGGAAUUCAAAUCCUAUACCCAAAGUUGUUCAUGAUGAAGCUAUAACAACCACUUCACCAAAGCUUUCAAUCAACACCUUGUCUAGUAUCCACAACAAUGUUUUGGCUAGUACAAAUGAUUCAAUCCAGUCAACCAACACGCUCAUUGUAGAUCCACCAGCUGUGGCCAUCUCUACAAAUAUUCCAACAGAAUCGCUCAUAUUACCGCAGAUAUCAGUAAAAGUUGACCGAAUUAUUUCCAAAGAGCAAGAACCUUAUGCUCGCCUUGGUAUAUUUCCAUCCUUAGGCAUGACCUCAAAGUCCAUUACUUUAAACGCCGCAGGAAAAUCAACAGUAAACUUGGGUGAUUCAGACGAGUGCGAGCUUGAAAUUGUUGCGUUCGAGUCGCCUGGUUUUCGUAAAGAUUCUCAACAGUUUACUUACAAUGACAAUGAUGAUAAAUCAGCACCUACAUCUCCUAGUCGCAUUAGACCAAAUGGGGUAAAGCCCAUCUCAAAGAAGCAACAGAAUAUAAAGCUCAUGCGACUUGCUGAAGAACAAAUACGUUUGCGACGUGAAGUGGAGAUGGAGCAGCGACAGCGACAGUUGGAUGAAAAGCGAUUGAAGCGUGAAAAGUUGAGGCUACUACGUACAGCCGUUGCUCAAGCCAAACAACUUGACAAAAGUGCUGAAAAUGUUACAGAUACGGAGCCUGUCCAAGAUAGCAAUGAUGUAAACAAUAACGUUGUUGGUUCAGAAUCAGAGACUGGUUCCAACAAGGAUAUCAAUACAAGCACUCGUUUUAAUUCGUCAUAUAGUUUCUCUAACCAAUCGACUCGAAAAAGCGACACCAAAGCAUUGGCAAACUGCCUGGCUAUCAAAAAAGUUCACGAUAAUGCAUUGCAGAGUGAUUCUAUGGAGAUUUUAUUAUCCGAUCGUGAUGCAUCAGAUGCUGUUGCCAAGGAACUAGGACUAUGGGAGGUUGACAAGAGUAAUCAAACUGACAUGCCAAAUGACGAGAAUGCCGUAGAAUAUGGCACAGAUGACGAAGAGGAUCCAUCCAUGUUUGUCGAUACACAUCAAUUGCUGCUUGAUCUUGACGAUUCCAUGUCUGAUGUUGAAGUAAGCGACAGCAAUUGUUACCAGAAUGUUGCUACCGCCGAGAAUCAUUCUAUUUGUCAGCCAUUUGUAGAUACUAUGUUAAAAGACAAUUUAUUUGAAUCUACACAACCAUCCGAGCAUAUUGAAAAAAGGCAUAUUACUACACAAGUACCAGUUCGGAAAGAUUUGUUAAGCGGAACUCCCGAGGUUUCAGGAAUCUUGGAAGUUCUCCCAUUCUUAUCUGGAUCGUUUCCAAGUACUGAUACAACCGAAAGUCUCAAGAAAGCUUCAAGAGUAAUGCCGCCACCACAGACUCCAUUGCAUUCACGAUCUUUAUUGGAAAGUAUGCCAGACUCUGUAAAAUCUGUAACUUCUGCUGAUGAGGCAGUCAAGUUUGGACAAGCAGAUGAUAUCUUGAAUGAGGAUGCUGAUUUCAUGGCGCUUUUAUCAGGCAAUUUCGAGCCUCAAGAUGAAACUACACGCGAUGCACAGUUACAGUCACUUCUUGAAAUUUCAAAGAUGCAAGCGCAAGCUUUGGAAUCUGAAAAAACAUCAAGAGAAAAGGACUCUACAGCCUUUUUUUCAGAUGAGGAGGCUCAAACCAGAACUGAAUCUAGUGACACUGAAAAUGAUGAGAGUAAUAGCGAAAAAUCGGAUGAUACAUCCGAUAAUGAGGCUGACGAUACAACUAGCAACGCAAGUGCAUCUGUCGAAACAAUAAGCCAAGUUAACGCGUUGCUACCCAAGAUCCAACCAUUUGUAUCAAUCAAAAAGUCGUCCAAGUUUGUUGAAACCGAGGCCGAGGUUGAGGAUGAUGAGUUUAUGCAUGUGGGUGGUGUAGAUGGCGAGGAUGAUCCCGAUAUAGAUCAGUAUGAACAGGAUAUGCUUGGGGAUUCUGACAUUGAAGAUAUGCAGCAGGAAGCAAUUGCCAAUUUACACUUAAAGCAACUGCUUGAAAAAGAUAAAUCUGAAUUCGAGGCACUUCUUAAUGAUGUCACGAGUGGUAAUUUGCGCAAGCGAGGACGGCGUAACGAUCCUACUGGAAAAGGUUUAGAUAUGCACGAUAGUGAUGAAGAAAACGAGGAGCUGCUGCGUCGAAUCCGCGAUCAAUUCAAGUCUAAAACGAAUGGAAAUGAUAAUGAUGAUUUAGUCAGUCUUGAAAAACUGGCACAGGAUCCAAAAACUGCAUCGUUUGCAAAAUGUUUCUCAACUGAUAUGAAUGAUGUGGGUGGGAUCAUGUCUUCUGAUUCUGAGCCUGAGACUAUGCUUGAGAAUAAUGUUGUUCGAAUCAAAGGGUUUUCUCGUGGAUCGGCUGCAAAACUCCAUUUGAGAGUCAUUGCAGAGAAAGGCACACAUAGUGAUUCCAAUGUUGAAGAGCAAGAGCAGCAGAUAGAUCGUAUUGGAAGCGAGGAUGAAAUAACCAUAGACAUGCCACGAAAAAAUACCCGACGUCAAAUUUCCUCCGAGGAUGAUUCGGACAGCCCUGACUUGAUGCCAGUAAAACUGUCUAUAAAACCUCCAACAAAAGUUAUUGCUCCAAGUCUGAGUAACGGGAUCAGCCAUUUGACAAGUCGUAGUGGGCAUAAUCUUGAUAGUGUCCAAUCGAUCAACUCUGGCCAAACUGUCUAUCGUGAAUUGUCAAUCCUGGAGGAACAAACGACGUCGGUGUCAUUUACAAAAAUGAUGCAACGUAAAGUACAGCAAUACAAAGCUGUUGAAAACACUCGAUCUCAAAGUCAAAACGUAUUCUAUAAUGAUAGCUUUUCCAAGCAACGACAAUUAAGGUUUGCAUCAGCAGAGCGAUUUUUAGUCAAGCGAUCAUUUAGCGAAUCUCAACUAGAUGAAACUGCACAGGAUGUUAUUCAUAAUGGAGUGGGAAGAAAUGCAGGUAAACGUAACAUGGCAUUCCAAAUUCGAGCCAAGGAUAAGAUUAUGGAAGCAGAUGGUGAAGAGAACCAGCGCAACGGCAGGGUAAAUCUACCAGAUAGUAAAGGUGGUAAGCGGGAUAAAUCUAUUAGCACCACAAAACGAGCCAAAAAUGGAGUUAACGGACACGGCAGUGGUGCAGUGCAGGUUAAGCAUAAGCGAAAGGCCACUGCAGCCCAUAGCAGUCCCAAUAGAAAAAGAAACGCUACAGCCAAGAAUAGUUCAGACUUGACAGCAGCUACUGGCCAACCCUCGAGUCUAGAGUCGCUCGCUUACAAGAACACUCCAUCCAAAGCAUCGCCCAUUCCUACGUAUCAGACACUGGAUCUAGUCAGUGACAGUGAGCAAGAAGAGGUCAUUGGUCACAACACAAGACAUAGAGUCUUGAUUGAUAACAAGACACCCAGACCUAUUAUUGAAUCAGUCGAGCAGCAGAGUGAUGUCGACAGUCCUCGCUCAAACAUACUUCAGAAGCAACAAAAGACUCGACAUGACGAUGCAUCGCCAGUCAAGUCCAGAGUGACUACUCGGAGUAGUUCACAGAGAUCUAUAGACACACACCCAAAAUCCAUUCCUAACAGCAGACCCAGCAUGAGCAGUUUUGAUGAGCAACAGCAGAUGGGCGAUGGAGGGUAUGAGUUGGACCAAGUUCCUGGACAGUUGAUUGCACAUUCAGUUCAAGAUCAGACUGAUGACUUGUGUGUCGAGUCCACACUUGACCAGGAGAGUCCUGCCCACGAGGUGACGGUUGAGCAUGCUGAGGAUAGUGACUUGAAGCCAGAACAGCUGCCGACUACUCAUCUGUCUUGGGACUAUAAAGAGGAUGACAUUCCUGCCAAGUACUGUAGUUUCAACAACUCUGUUCGGACUCCUACCAAGCAGCACAGUCAUCGUAUCAAGUCCAAAGUGUCUCAUUCCAACCCGAGACGAGACUCGGAUGAGCCUCAUUCUGGCUCAUCAUCUUCUAAAUCCAUCCAGUACAGGAAUCUGGCUUCUGAUGAUGUGACCCCACUUUCAAGACGAUCCACUUCCAAAGCUGCAGAAGCUUUUGUGAUGGUGACUCCUGUCAAGGCAAACCCUUCCUAUCAGAUAAGUGUGUAUCCUGAGAUCGUCAACAGCAUCGAUCUCGAUUCAUUCAACUAUUUACUUGCAAAGCUUUACGAUGGUCGAUGGCUUGAGUUGCACACUCCACAAGGUGAAGUCGUCGACGUAAACCUGUUGAAUGAUGAACUGCCCACUUAUAUUGCUACUGCAAAGGCCAAUGCAGUCGAGGCUUUCACCCACAAUGUAUGGCGUAAACAUGCAUUACUCGAACUAAGCGACAUGCCGCAUUCCAUUGCCAAACAUCUGGUAGUGGCUCAGAGUCUGCUGAAUGUUGAUGAAGUUAUUAUGCUUCGUAACCAGUUCAAUGACAAGGGCCAUGAGUUCACUUUUACUCAGCGUCAUCGUCAUUUCACUAAACUUGCAUCCAAACUUGUCAAAUUACUAAAGUUGUUGAUCAGUCCUGGUUUCAAACUCGCAGAAAAAAGAGGGGAUUUGUUUGGAUUGCUCAUGAGCUAUAUUCACUUUCAGAUUUUUUUCUCGCGAAUGUCUGCUGGGCCAAAAGCCGAUAUUUCAUCAGCAGAACCCAGAACUUUGUUUAAAAAAUACGAAUCAUUCAAUAUACUUGACGAAGCUUUCGAGAUUCAUCCAAAUGAAUUGGCGGAAAUGUCAACUUCUCAGAUCCACAACUAUGAAGCUCGUAUGGAAAAGCUAAAAACAAUGUCUGCAUACGCUCUCAACAAAGCAUUGCUAUCAGAAUCACUUGCUCCAUUCAAUUUAAUCGAGGAAACACUUAGAAGUGUGAUACUACAGGUAAUGCGUCCAAUUGAAAAAGAUGCCAUUCCAGAAUUUUAUGAAGGACCACUUCGAUAUCUACCAGCCGAGCCAUCAUCAAUUUGCUGCGAGAAAAUCACGGAAUCGAUUAAAAAUGCACAUGUAGCAUUUACAGACGCUGUAAAAGAUCCACUAACAUGUAUUGAGAGCAAUUUAAAUAUAAGCAAGAAAUCCCGGGCCGUGUUGCGAUCGCCUCCAAUUCACCAAUCGAACCACCGAGUAAAAUUGGGUCAAUUACCGUCCAAAUCUGCUUCAAAGUCGCCCAAAAGAGUCUCGGAUUCGACAAAGUCUCCAAAAAGACAAAUUAAACCACCUUCUGAGCAAUUAAAUUCAGAACAUCAUCACAUACGCUUUUUACCAGUAACUUUAUAUCCACCCGAUGUUGACGUUUUAGAGGAUGAGUCAAAAUUAAAAAAGAUACGUCGACAAAAAAUGGCAUGGACUGCUGAAGAAUCGGAUGCGCUUUAUAAAGGAAUGGAAAAGUAUCAGCGGCAAUGGCGAAAAAUCCUGGACGAGUAUCCUGUGCUACAUAGUCGAACUAAUGUAGAUUUAAAAGACCACUGCCGUUCCAUGCUUAAAAAGCGAAUACGGAAUAAUGAAGAUCCAGGUGUUUGGGGAAUCUAG